AGGUAGAGAAUGAUUUUGAACUCAAGCUGAUAGCACACGAGCUUUUUCAAUCCUUGAAGAAUGCCAUCGAAGAUGGUAAUCAAGUACCAAGUAUUGUUGCCGGAGUGAAAAAGCUUUUUGACAGUGCUGUGUUUAUUCAUGCAUGUGUUGAGACAUAUAUGGAGAAGGCAGAGAACGAAUGGAAGCUCUCAAAAGAGACACAUUCUUCCAAAACAUUUUGCAAGAGACACAAAGCACUGCCAUUAUUAGAGGAGUCGUGACAGUUGUGUUCGGGUACUGGAGCAAUGAGGAUUACCACCGUAAGGUGUCUGAAGCAAUUACUGGGGAACUGAAGAAGAUACCCAAACCUGAUUGCGGACCCCGCCCACUCAAGAUGGUGUAUGAUGAUAUUCCAAAUAUUGAUGUUUCUUUCACCGUUGAGGGUUUUAAAGAAGCAUUGACCACCAGAUACCGAAACGAUCCUAACCGUGAUUACAAUCAUGUACGCGAAGAGAUUGAGAGGAAUAGUAUUGGUUUGAGCGGAUGGUCAGCCCUCAUUUCCUUGGCGUGAUCCCAAAGCGGAUAACAAGAGUUUGUUGAAUUGAGUUGGAAUCAAUUCAAGAAGCAAGAAGCUUGAUGAAGAAGACGAUCAUGGAGAUAAAGGAGCAAGAAACGG